GCGCCAAAGCCUUGUUCUGCUAAUGCCAUUGCCAGCCAACGAAACCUCUCAUGGCAGUAGCUUUAUCUUCUACUAUCAUUCUCUCCUGUAAUCCCUCCCUCAAUGUCUCUGUCUCUCCUCUUACCUCAACAAGACAGCAGCUUCCCUCCACGGGCUUCACAUUUCCACUCAAUCGACGCCAAAGAUCGGGCCACUUUGGGAUUCGAUGCCUUUCCAUCAAGAAUCGCACAAAGGAUCUGAUAUGCCGACAUGACAUUUUUCCCAAUUUGUUCAGUGCAACUUUUCGGCAUGCAUUGAGUAAACUUGAGACACUAAUUCCUAUGAUCCUCAUAUUUUCUCAACUUUCUUCACCACUACCUUCGGGUGGUUGGGAUAAUUGGUUGAUUUCACCUGCAAAGGCAGUACUUUAUUCUCCUGACACCAAGGUCCCAAGAACUGGGGAGCUUGCUUUAAGGAGGGCUAUACCUGCAAACACAAACAUGAAGGCCAUACAGGCUUCUCUGGAGGAUAUCUCAUACUUGCUAAGGAUUCCCCAGAGAAAACCUUAUGGAACUAUGGAGGGUAAUGUGAAGAAAGCUCUAAAGAUUGCGAUGGACGAGAAGGAUUCUAUUCUGGCAAGUAUACCGUCUGACUUGAAGGAAAAGGGUUAUGAAUUGUACACAUCUCUCAUGGAUGGGAAGGGCGGGUUGCAAGCACUCCUUCGAUGUAUAAAAGAUCAAGAUCCAGACAAAGUAUCUGUUGGUCUUGCAUCUUCACUGGAUACUGUUGCGGAAUUGGAUUUGUUACAGGCUCCAGGGUUGUCAUUUUUGUUGCCUGAGCAAUACUUGAAUUAUCCAAGGUUAACUGGGAGAGCAACAGUUGAAUUUACCAUUGAGAAAGGUGAUGGUUCAACAUUUUCUCCAGCCGCUGGUGGCGAACCAAGGAAGGCUGCUACAAUUCAGGUUGUUGUAGAUGGAUAUUCAGCCCCACUAACAGCAGGAAAUUUUGUAAAACUGGUGGUUGAUGGGGCAUAUAAUGAGGCAAAGCUCAACUGUACUAACCAAGCUAUUCUAACGGAUAAUGGACUUGACAAGAACCAUGGCUACAGUGUUCCUUUGGAAAUAAUGCCCUCUGGCCAAUUUGAGCCAUUAUACAGAACAAUGUUAAGUGUGCAGGAUGGGGAACUACCAGUUCUUCCACUGUCUGUUUACGGAGCUAUUGCUAUGGCACAUAGUGAAACUUCUGAGGAGUAUUCAGCGCCAUAUCAAUUUUUCUUCUACCUGUACGACAAGAGGAAUGCUGGCUUGGGAGGGUUAUCCUUCGAUGAAGGGCAAUUUUCGGUUUUCGGAUAUACGACUGUUGGGAGAGACAUUCUUUCGCAGAUAAAAACAGGGGAUGUAAUCAAAUCCGCAAAACUAGUAGACGGACAAGAUCGGCUUGUAGUGCCAAAUGAGAGUUGAUACAUUCUCUCACCAAACAAUCUCUAUUUUCUGAAUUUUUGUCAUUUGGUAUGGUAAUGAAUUAUGAAUGUGAAUUUCUUGGCAUGAUUGUGUUAUAAACACACUAAACGAGGUUUCUAAGCUUUGGUUGAGUGUUUUUUCAC